AUUGUCCAAGCGACAAACCAGGUACGUACUGGUGUACUAAGAUUUACAGUGAAGUUCUGUAGAUCCCUCUGUAUAUUGUACAUGUGGUAUGAAUGUGUUGGGUGAUUCAUUGCUGAUCCUUGGGACAAGGACUGACAGAACACAUUUCAUUUUCCCCUGCCUGAAACAGUUGCAAUUGAAGUCCAUGUUGCUUAGUUACUGUUGGUCAUAAAUGCAUAAUUACUUAGGCUGUACACAGGCCUCUGUCCUGUUCUUGGCCGAUAGCCGAUAGGUGGAGAAGGUGGCCUAAAGCUGGUAAAUGUGUGCUGUAAAUUGUCCUUUGUUACCGCUUCCUGAAACGAGGUAGAGCAGGGCUAAUUACCAGAGUUAAAAAAGAAUAGUGAGGGUGGAUCCGUUCUAGUUAGUCGUGUCGUUCAAUAUAGAAACAUGCAGGGUUAUUGACACUAGAAUUCAAAUCAAGUUGCAACGGUUGUCUCAGGCCACUGGACCAUUUGGAAAUUUUUUACUGUGCAUGUUCACGUGUAAUCUCUGGGAAAACAAUCCGUCCCUGUCAUUUCUUCUUUCUUGGAACGGCAUGCUUGAUUGGGUAAUUCGAAAUUCCCGUUGUUCUUUGUUUUUUCAGUCUCUGGACGUCCACUAUGCUAAAGCUGACUUGUCUUCAGAACUGCCAAAGCUGAACUGCCACUUUCAGUACCGUCUCACUGCAAAAGAUGUCCACAUUUUUCCCUGUUCCCUGCUUCCAAACCCCGAGGAGGUAAAAGAAGACACCCGUAACUUUCUCUCUCUGAGUUCGGGGGAAGAGAGAGGGGUAGUGCUCUUUAAUUCGAACGCCGUUGCCUCCUCUCUCGAGCCCUUCUCCUUCCAGACAGCCAUAGUGGCAUCACGCCAAAGCCCAGCCGCCGCCAGGAGAUCAAAUCCUCUGCUCUGGGAUCCUACUCCGAUCGCGGCUACCCUCUGAGGAUUCUGUACCUUUAGGCGUCCCCAUGGCAUCAGUUACUUAUAUUGAUGAUAGCCAUGCUGAGGUUAUUGAUCCUCCAAAGAAUGAGGAGAUGUUGGAUGUCACUGAGCUUGUUGGUGAACAUAUCCAGCAUUCACCGAAACCAAAUGUGACAAGUUAUGGUAAUGUGCGUGAGCUACUGGAAUGCCCUGUGUGUUUGAGUGCCAUGUAUCCUCCAAUUCAUCAGUGCUCCAACGGACAUACUCUGUGUUCUGGAUGCAAGCCAAGGGUUCAUAAUCGCUGCCCAACAUGCAGGCAUGAACUGGGUAACAUAAGAUGUCUUGCUCUGGAGAAGGUGGCUGCAUCGCUAGAACUUCCAUGCAAGUACCAGAAUUUUGGUUGCCUGGGCAUAUACCCUUAUUAUUGCAAGCUGAAACAUGAAUCACAAUGCCAAUACAGACCCUAUACUUGUCCGUAUGCUGGAUCUGAAUGCACAGUUGCUGAUGACAUUCCAUAUCUAGUAAAUCACUUGAAAGAUGACCAUAAGGUUGACAUGCACAAUGGAAGCACUUUUAAUCAUCGUUAUGUCAAAUCAAAUCCUCAUGAAGUUGAGAAUGCCACCUGGAUGCUCACGGUUUUCAGCUGCUUCGGCCAGUAUUUCUGUCUGCAUUUCGAGGCAUUCCAGCUGGGCAUGGCACCUGUCUACAUUGCCUUCCUCCGCUUCAUGGGCGACGACGCUGAAGCUAAGAAUUACAGCUACAGCCUGGAGGUUGGAGGCAGUGGUCGUAAGAUGACAUGGCAAGGCGUCCCUCGAAGCAUCAGAGACAGCCACAGGAAGGUCCGGGACAGCUAUGACGGGCUCAUCAUUCAGCGGAGCAUGGCCUUGUUCUUCUCUGGUGGCGACAGGAAGGAGCUGAAGCUGCGGGUCACUGGGAGGAUCUGGAAGGAGCAAUGAACUGCAACAGCUAAAUGCGUGGAGUUGCUCUCCUUGAUGCCAAUGAAGCAUGAAUCCAUGAUGAAUCAGACUCAGAACUUAGGAGUUGGUAAUCUUGUAGACUGUAUUAGUAGCUGAUGUAGAACCAAAGGCAAGUCUCUCUUUGCUUUGAACCUCUCUUAGAGUCUAGAGUUGACCAUGGCUGCGCGGUGGGGUGAAUCUGAUGGCGACUCGUGAAAUGUAAAUGAUCUAGCUCGGUUUUUCUCUGCAUGAGACUCGUUCUAUGUCAGACCACCAUUGUUUCUGAAUUCCGGGGAUGAACUAGAA